AUGACGGUACUAGAGGAUGAUGUACAGCGGUACAAGGAGUCCAUCGAGGAGCAACUGUUGCUGAACAGGCAGCACUUGGCGUCCCUGACGCACCCAGGCUGUCGGUUGAACUUCGAGCUUGGACCUUGUUCCAACGGUGGCGACGGUGACGGUACCCCCACGGAGGGGAAGGUGUUCCUGUUCGACAUCGAUAACUGUCUGUAUCGGUCCUCUACACGGAUCCACGACCUGAUGCAACAGUACAUCGUGCGGUACUUCCAACACACGCUCGAGUUGGACCACGCGACCGCGUGCGAGAUGAACAGACGGUAUUACAAGGAAUACGGGCUUGCGAUCCGCGGGCUCGUCAUGUGGCACGGUGUCGACGCGAUGGAGUACAACCGCAUGGUCGACGACGCGUUGCCCCUACAGGAUAUACUCUCCCCAGACUUGGAGCUCCGCCAGAUGCUUCUACAGUUGCGAAGCAGUGGGAAGUUCGAGAAGUUGUGGCUGUUUACGAACGCGUAUAGGAACCACGCAGUACGGUGUGUGAGCCUUCUGGGGGUCGCCGACUUGUUCGACGGGCUCACUUACUGCGACUAUGCGGAGCUGGACUCCAUCGUUUGCAAGCCGGAUGUGAAGGCUUUCGACAAAGUGAAGAAGCACACUGGGGUGCACAGUUACGAGCAGUUCCACUUCAUUGACGACAGCGGGAACAACGUACAUACUGGGUUGCAACUGGGCAUGGAACGGUGUAUCCACGUCGUCGAGCAUGCGAGGGAUGACAUGCACGAUAUCUUGGGGGACAGCCCAGAGGGCGCAAGCGUCGUAGAGAGGAUCACACAAUUGCCCCUCGUGGCACCUGAACUGUUCACGAGGGACUGA